CGAUGAAGAUUUUCCAACCAAGCUGGGUCCAUCACGAUGAGAAAUCGAUUUUUUCCAUCGAUAUCCAUCCGAGUGGCGAAAGAUUCGCUACCGGCGGUCAAGGAUGCGAUUCCGGGCGCGUCGUCAUCUGGAACAUGGCACCGGUACUGAACGAGCAGGCCGAAUCGAACAAAAGCGUACCACGCAUACUGUGCCAGAUGGAUAACCAUCUGGCGUGUGUGAACUGUGUCCGAUGGUCGGGGAAUGGGCUUCUGCUAGCAUCCGGUGGCGAUGAUAAGCUCGUAAUGAUAUGGAAAAAGACAAUCAGCGGUAGCGGUGGUAUAGGAGCGUUUGGUGGUGGUGGUGGUAAGUCCGUCGAGCAUUGGCGUUGCAUUUCGACGCUUCGUGGACAUGCGGGCGACGUGUUGGAUUUGGCCUGGUCCCCGCAAGAUCGAUGGAUUGCAAGCUGUAGCGUGGACAAUACGAUUAUCAUUUGGGAUGCGCUACAGUUUCCGAAAAUUGUGCACGUCCUGAAGGGUCAUACCGGGCUAGUGAAGGGUGUCACGUGGGAUCCGGUCGGAAAGUUUAUCGCUUCCCAGAGCGAUGAUCGUUCGCUGAAGGUGUGGAAAACGACCGAUUGGAGUUGUUUCAAGACAAUUACGGAACCGUUCGAAGAGUGCGGAGGGACGACACACAUUUUGCGUCUAUCGUGGUCACCGGAUGGCCAGUAUCUGGUCUCGGCCCACGCUAUGAACGGUGGUGGACCAACUGCACAGAUAAUCGAGCGUGAUGGAUGGAAGUGUGACAAAGAUUUUGUCGGACAUCGAAAAGCGGUCACAUGUGUGAGGUUCCACAACUCGAUCUUGAAACGAUCGGCACCGAAAACGAACAAACUCCAACAGUACUGCUGUUUGGCGGUUGGCGCACGUGAUAGAAGUUUAUCCAUCUGGCUGACCGCUUUGCAACGGCCGCUGGUAGUUAUACAUGAUCUCUUUCAGGAUUCUAUACUGGAUCUUUCGUGGAGUUGUGACGGAUACACGCUGCUUGCGUGUAGUGGUGAUGGGCACAUUGCCUGUCUACAGUUUACAGCCCAAGAGCUGGGCACGCCGCUCUCCGAGGAGGACAAAAACAUUCUUUACCAGCGUAUGUACGGCAAGAAUGCCAACAUUGAUCUUACGGCCCAGGCAGAGAAGGAAAUGAUUGUGGAGAAUUCGGACUUCCUGAACGUUUUAAAAAGCAAUCUCGUACCACCGACUUUGGUCCCGCAACAACAGCAAGCUCCUCAGCUGGGAGCGAAAAAGGAUGACGGUAAAUCAGCACAAACUACCACAACUCCGGUGUCCAUGGCCAUUUCGUCUUCAUCCAGUCAAGCGGCACCAACGCCGAUACUCAAACAAAUCGAAACGAAAACUGCGGACGGGAAGCGUAGAAUUACUCCGAUGUUUAUCCCACUGAACGAUGAUAAUGGCGUACCAUCGCAUACUCCCAACAACAUACCGACAACAAUUGAAUUUGGCAGCAAAUCUAGCGAAACCAGUACGAAUGUAGAGUCGCAGAAACAGCUCGUAAGCGAGGAACCAAACGUUCCUCUUUCGAUCGAACCAACGGUCAAGUUGGAUAAUCGAUUAAAACGAGUCGCCACAGUACCACCACAGAAAGCCGAAGCACUCGCGGCCGCAACCGACCAAACCACCGGAACUAACACGAACCAGCCAGCAUCGAAUCAGAAACUGGUUGAACGUACAAGACCCGUCACCUACUCCACGGGUAAGGCGACCGUCAUCCAGGGCAAUUCCUUCAAAGCCUUCGGAGAAGUGAGGGUGCAGAUACAGAAUAAUAGCGUUAAAACGGCCUACGGAACGCUGUGCCGUGUGGUCGGACUCGUCGUAAAUGCUCAGCGUGUGGAGCGAAAGAUCUGGGAAACUGUUGUCGGUUCGCCGGUAGUUUGCUUUGCGGUUGGAGCGAAAUUUGCGAUCGUUUGUAGUCAUGAUCAUACGAUCAGAAUGUUGGACAACAAAACAGGAACUCCGGUGUUUCCUGUGCUCAGUCUAACAAGCCCGGCCAUACAGUGUACAUUUAGUUCAAACUCAAAGUUGGCCGCAGUAGUUACCGAAAGUGGUAUACUUCGCAUCUGGAAUGUGCCGGAAAAAUCUGUUCUCCUAUCGACCAACUGUUCAGAAGUUAUGAGCGGAAGUUUCGUUACCAUCCUGCACGUGUCCGACCAGGGAAUGCCAUUCAUAGUCCUGUCGAACGGAACGUCCUACUGCUACUGCCGAAAGCUCGACAGCUGGAUGCUAAUCAACUCGUCCGAUCCCGUCAUACGGCACGGGCUGAUUGGCAACAAAGCGAACGCACCGGUGAGAAACAUUAAAGCGUACCCACUGUCAACGAUACAGUCGUACGGCAGCUUUGCCGGACCGAAAACUAACAGCUUUGCCGAAAUGCACUCGGCACCCUGGCAAACAUCAGCCGCGAUAGCGUUUAUCGAAAAUCAAAUAAAAAUCUGCGAAAUGAUCGCCUCGCCCGCCGAACUCAAGUACUGGUACUCGAUGCUUGGCUUUCAAUUAGCACUGAACGGCGGCGAGGAAAAGAUCCGUCAGGUGUUGGACGAUUUGCUUGGCGCAUCGCACAGUCUGGACACGCGCAUGGGUGACGAUAACGAUCCGGCCGUGUUGGGUAUCUCGAAGCAUGUGUUUAUGGAGGAUGUGCUGAACCAUCUGAAGAUGCAAACGAAAUGGCAACGCAUUUACACGGAAUAUUUGGAUCAGCUGAAAUUCCUCAAGGAGCGGCACGGCCGCCAAAAACCCGUACUGAUGGAGUAG